GUUCCCGCCCUCAGCGCGCUGCCAUGGGGCAGCUGUCGGCACGCUGCCUGCAGAGCCGCCUUAGGUAGCCGGAGCGCGGCGUGUGUGUGUGGCCAUGGCCGGCUGGUGGCGAAGGCUGAGGGGGCGCCUGGGCGGCGGCCUCGCCUGCAACUGCCUGCUGCUGCUUUCUGCCUUGGCGCUGGCCUGGGCGGCCGAGGAGGAGGCGGCGGCGGCGCGCGCGCAGACCUUCCCUCAGCCGCUCUCCAACCUGGCGGCGAGCGCGCGGCGCUUGCUGGUGGCCAGCGGCAAUCGCUGGUACGAAGUGGAGCCCUCGCUGGCCUGGGCGAAGGAGCACCGCAGCAGCCCGGCGCUCGACUCGGGGACGACGGUCAACAAGCUCCUGCUGCCCUUCGGCAACGACCGCCUCCUCACCUGUUGGACGCAGCCGCAUGGCUCCUGCUACGAGGAGCGCCUCGGCGCCGACGCCGACGCCAACGCCACCGUUUUCGGGGAAGAGGUGGUGACCUGCUUGCGGAAUGGCUCCGCCGCCGGGUGGAUCUAUGCCCUCGGCUCCGAGUGGCGGCUGGUGGUGGCCACGUCUCGCCGACUGAACGAUUCCAGCGACUUGGAUCCAGAGUGCCUCGCCAAGGGCGACUCCGGAGUGGCCGUCGCUCUCCAAGAGCGCCAGAAGGCGGUCUCGGAAGACCACCGGCUGCUGGUGAGCGACGGCUGCUACUUGCACUUCGCGGACGCGUUCCUGUGGAGCGGGCAGUUCUUCUUUCCUUAUUAUCACUACAGCCUCAGCAUGGAGCCCAAGAUGCUCGUGGCCAACCAGAUGCCGGCAAACCGGUUCUUCGGCCACGGCCAGGCCAUCUUGCGCUGCGGCGGCGGCGGCUUCACCCGGAGGAUCCUGUCUUCCAACUACGUCCAGGAGCGCGGGCUCUGGGUCGGCGUCUUCGGCUCUGCCGAGGGUCCGGCCACUCCGACCUCCACGGCCCUUUGCAUCUUCAGCCUCAGCCAGGUGUCGAGCGUUUCGGAGGGAUGCGCCCUUGGCGAUUCGAACACGAUCUGCGCCCACGAGCCUGCGGAGACAUGCAACAAGAUAGCUUGGCCAAUCAACAAUGCAACUUUGCUGAGCCACUCCGAUUUGGUGUCAGUUUAUGCCACUGUGGUUCUGAACAAGAUUGUUUUGUUUUUGGGAACAAGAAAUGGACAGUUGCUGAAAGUUAUUCUUGAUGAAAACAUGAAAGCAAAUUGCCCAGACAUUUUAUAUGAAAUUGAAGAAGAAACACCAAUUUUUCACAAACUUGAACUUGACCCUGUGAAUAAAGAUUACAUCUAUCUACCAUCUGGUAACAAGAUCUGGAGAACAAAGGUUGCUAACUGUAGCAAGUAUAUUUCCUGUAAAGAAUGUUUAACUGCCAUGGACCCCCACUGUGGAUGGUGUUAUUCAUAUAACAACUGCACUUUAAAAGGCGAAUGCCCAGUUUCAAAUAACAUAAUGAACUGGACAAGCAUUCCAUAUGGAACAGAUAAAUGCCUGAAAAUCUACACAUCUAAGCAUUACAGAGGUGAGAUUUCUGUAACUGCAGUUGGAAAUUCUGAAGGGCCAUUCACUUGCAGAGUGAUAGAUGUGAAUACCAAAAAAAUUCUUUGUGAGAAUGUGAAGGAAGAUGUCAUGAACUGCUCUUGUCACCUUAAGGCUGCUGAUCUAGUUGGAAAAGUUGCUCAAGUAUUACUCAUCUCUGGUUCACAGACUUUAUCAGAAAUAUUUAAAUAUGACUGCUCAUUCGAGAAAACAUGUUCAGAAUGUUUGUCUCGUGCUGGUUGCACCUGGUCUACUAGAGAGAAAAAAUGUGUCUCCUCUACCGUGACUUGUACACAAAAGGUUGACUGUGAUUCAAUUACUACCAGUGCUUCAGAUGGGAAAGAUAUUUCACAGAGACCAGAGCUCAUGCACAUUACGUCCAUUGAACCAAUGUGGAUAUCAACAUUAGGCAGCAGUGAAAUACUAAUCAGAGGAGAAAACUUUUCAAAUGCAGAUGUUUUGAUGGAAAUGACUGGAACCAGUAGCUGCAAAUCAGAGGAAAUAUUUGUCACUAAAGUGUUAAAUCGCACACACAUGAAAUUCUGUUUACCACCAAGUCGCAAAGAAGCCAAGAGCAUAUGUAUAAAGAAAAUUGGCUUUCCGUGUUCACUCCCUGUGACACUGUCUUACGUCUCUCUCCCUGCAUGUACUGGAAUAUUUCCAAAUGUCACCUGGAAGAGUGGAGGUCGCAACAUGACUAUACGUGGGAGACAUCUAAAUGUCACAGAAAUGGUUUCUGUUUUAGAUGGAGGGGGACAAAACUUGGCAAAAUUUACAUGCCGCAGUGACAGAUCUGAGUGUAAUUUUACAACACCAGCUGUUAAUACUGAGAAAAGUAAUGUAAAAGUUGUUUUAAAAGUUGAAACGAAAAAUAUACCUUGCAUUGAAUUUCGAUAUGAACCUGACCCUGAAUUUAUUCACUAUGAACUGACAACUGAUCUGCAUCCUGUCUUGGAGUUAAAAAUACAUAAAAAAAACGAUGGGUUAAAUAUUUCUAAACGUGAGAUUGAUGUUUUUAUGUCCUGCAUGGCUGCUGAGAAAUUGCUAAACAUAACUUUCACGGUUCAAAAUAUUUCGCAAACUGAAAGUCGCAGCACUAUUUACUGCAGAGCCCAACAGACAUCCAAUGACAAUAUCGAUACAUCCAGUGUGAAGGUUUAUGUCAAGCUGGGAAACUUUAAGCAAGAAGUUCCAAAAGAAGCACACAACUAUUCUUAUUUGACCCUUCUUUUGUUAAUCCCCGUAGUCAUUGCUGUUGCAAUUUUCGUGACCCAAAGAAAAUCCAAACAAUUGAACCGUAAACUGAGUGAACACCUGGAGCUUUUGGAAUGUGAACUCCGCAAAGAAAUACGUGAAGGCUUCGUAGAGCUGCAGAUGGAAAAAUUGGAUGUGGUUGAUAGUUUUGGAACCAUCCCCUUCCUUGACUACAAACACUUUCUUAUUCGAACUUCCUUCCCGGAGGCUGGAGGCACGUCGUUUAUCUUGAUUGAAGACUCCAGUGAACCCCUUAGCAGAAAUCCUGAGCAGAAGGAUGAAAGCAUUACAGCAUUGUACGCCUUAAUUUGUAACAAGCAUUUUCUUGUUACUCUGAUUCAUACGCUUGAAAAACAGAAAACCUUCUCUGUAAAAGACAGAUGCUUGUUUGCAUCUUUCUUGACCAUCGCACUACAAACAAACCUAGUCUACUUAACCCAUAUCCUAGAGGUCUUGACAAGGGAUUUGAUGGAACAGUCUAGCAAUAUACAACCAAAGCUGCUGCUAAGGCGUACAGAGUCGGUGGUAGAAAAACUGCUGACAAACUGGAUGUCUGUUUGCCUCUCCGGUUUUCUUCGGGAGACAUUUGGGGAUCCAUUCUAUAUGCUUGUGACAACCCUAAAUCAAAGGAUAAACAGGGGCCCUGUGGAUGUAAUAACCUGCAAGGCCUUGAACACACUAAAUGAAGACUGGUUACUGUGGCAAGUAACUGAAUUCAAUACAGUGGAAUUAAAUGUUGUCUUUGAAAAUAUCCCACAAAGUGAGUGUGAAGGCACUUUUCAGACAAUUCAAGUUAAUGUCCUGGAUUGUGACACCAUAGGGCAAGCCAAAGAGAAGAUCUUGCAAGUCUUUCUGAACAAGAAUGGCUCUCUUUAUGAUCUUCAGCUCAACGAAAUGGCCUUGGCUCUUCAGUCAGGCGCACAAACAACCGAACUUUUGGACAUAGAUAGUUCCUCUGAGAUUCUGGAAAAUGGAAUUACCAAGCUGAAUACCAUACGACAUUAUGCGAUUUCAGAUGGAGCGACUAUUAAAAUCUUUAAGAAAAAAACGGAUCUAUCAGCAUGUUUCUCAGAUGGGGAAUACCCAAAUGACUAUUGCCAUCUGAUAAUACCAGAUUCCGAAGCAGCCAAAGAUACACAGGGUGCAAAACACAAAGGAAAACAAAAAUUCAAAGUGAAGGAAAUGUAUCUUACUAAACUUCUUUCUACAAAGGUUGCAAUUCACUCAGUUGUUGAAGAGCUGUUUAGGAGCAUUUGGACUUUACCAAACAAUAAAGCCCCAGUUGCUGUCAAGUAUUUUUUUGACUUCUUGGAUGCUCAGGCUGAAAAUAAGAAAAUUACAGACCCUGAUGUGGUCCAUAUAUGGAAAACUAACAGUCUUCCUCUUCGCUUCUGGGUGAAUAUACUGAAGAACCCUCAAUUUGUCUUUGAUAUUAAAAAGACUCCACAUCUUGAUGGCUGUUUGUCAGUAAUUGCACAAGCGUUUAUGGAUGCCUUUUCUCUAUCAGAGCAACAACUGGGAAAGGAAGCACCAACAAACAAACUUCUCUACGCGAAAGAUAUUCCACUUUACAAAGAAGAGGUUAAAGCUUUCUAUAAAGCAAUUAGGGAUUUACCUUCAUUGUCCACUUCGGAGCUAGAAGAAUUUUUAACUCAGGAAUCUAAGAAACAUGAAAAUGAAUUUAAUGAGUCUGCAGCCUUGACUAAAAUUUACCACUACAUAGCAAGAUAUUACGAUGAUAUACUGAAUAAAUUGGAGAAAGAACGAGGGCUGGAAGAAGCACAGAAGCAGCUGUUGUAUAUAAAAGCCUUAGCUGACGAAAAGAAAAAAUGCAAGUGGAUUUCAGAUGAAUCAACUGCUCCCUUACUAAGCUAGUAUGAACUUUAUAAAAACUGCUACUGCAUUCAAAGCAUCAAGUUCUCCUCAAGCAUUAGUAGUCUACAGCAACUGUAAGUCCAGAUGGGAAUGAGCAUUGCUAGCUGCACCGAAGACGCAUCUCAGAGAAGUCUGGAUAAACAUUACAUUG